CAAAUAAUUUGAGUGGUUACAAUGUACAAGUUUGACCUACCUCUUGAUACGAGAGAGGCAAAUGCCAUUGCCAGGAGGAGGAACUGUGAAGAGCAGAGAAAAUCCAGAAUAUUUGAUGCUCAAACUCGACAAAUAGGAGUUGACACAGCUGGUCUUUCUACUCAAAUUGAAGAGAAGCGCCUCCGAAAUCAGAUAGAAAAUGAGCGCAAGAAGGCAUACGACGCAGAAAUGGUAAAGAAUUCUCAGAUUUGCACUCUGCUGGACACGCGCCAGCAAAACGACACAAUGAGACAAAAUGUCGAGCUCAAUAAAUUUAGGUCAGAACAACAGACAGCCGCCAGUCGACGUGAGUUUGACCUUUAUGACCCAGAGAGCAAGAAGAAAGACCAGCCUGCCCGAGUUUCUGACGACGACCCCAGGUGCCAAGUCUCUGGGCUCCAGCUAUUCCAAGGCGAAGAUUUGUCAGCCAAGGAACGAAAGAAGCUUCAGCAAGAGCAGAUGAGAGAAUGGAUAAAACAACAACUGUCAGAGAAAAAUAGAGAAAAGGAGGCCUCUAUGCAUGCUGAAACACUGUACCAGAGGAAGAUGAUGCAGUUGGAUCAACGUGCAGUACUGCUGGCAAAAGAAGAGGACGAGUGCAGGAGGAAUCUGAACGUAGCAACAAAGAGUUACAAUGCAGCUCUGGAUGCUGAGAGGAAGGCUAAGGAAGCUAUUGAUAAGCAGAAAGAACUUGAUGAUAACUUCACUGAGCUGUCUAACCAGGUUUACGGAGACACGUUGACAGAGAAUCCAGGAGUAGCUCAGAGCAGCUUUGGGGGCCACCGAGUUAUUACUGAUCGAUGGAAGGGUAUGAGUGAUGAACAGAAGGUUGAAAUCAUGAGGAUAAGAGAAGAACAGCAAGCCGAGAAACAGCGCAAGACUGAGGAAGAAAAGGAGCUCCAAAAAGAGUAUGAAAGGAGCCAGCUCCUGCAGGCAAACGCUGCAAUCCUCAUGGAACGAGAGAUGAACAGGAAAGCUGCUGAAAUUGAGAAGAAAAUUGCUGAAGAGAACAUGAGACUGCAGAAAGAACAGAAAGAUACUCUGACUAAAUUGGCGAAGGAAGUUUACACCAACCCUCCAACUGAUGCCUACUUCACACAGUUCAAUACUGGCACGAGAUAAGACGACUCACAAUUUUGGAGACUUUAUAGAUUAGAGUUAUUAUUUAUCUGUGUGCAUUGUGGACAGAUCUGAGAUCAUACUUAAUGGUUAACUUAGAUACAAUCUGAUUAAAUUCAGACAACCAAUAUCAGGUUAAGUAAUCUUUUAAAAGUGAUAAAAAUACUAUACAAUUGUAAAUCAUUAAACUUCCGAAUAUAUUCUCUAAAGCUUUUUUGUGCUUAGUGUAAAUAAUUUCUGGUCCAUUUUACCAAGUUUUGUCAUUUACCCAGCUGCCGAAAGGAUUUUUAUAACGCAAAGUAUGUACAGUAUGCAGUGCUAUGUUGUGAUAUAUAAUUCAUGUGAA